UCUGUCGUUUUCCUCUCAAGAGAGCAGGUCUCACGGCGAACCAGUUUCUUCACCUUCUAGUAUAAUGCCUCCUCUUAUUCACUACCGUUGCUCCUUCUCCGGAAACGGUGCCGUUUUGUAGCUUCCUCCACGUAAUGCAGGAACUUCUGUCUUUCAACUUCUUCGUUUUCUUAUUCAAAAUCUCCCGAUUGAAUCUCACAACGACACCGUUUUAAGAUAUUCUAUAAUCUCAGAGUUUGACAAUGGAGCAUUACGAGGUACUUGAGCAAAUCGGAAAAGGGUCUUUUGGGUCUGCUCAUCUUGUGAGACAUAGGCAUGAGAAGAAACUGUAUGUUCUGAAGAAAAUCAGGCUCGCUCGGCAGAGUGGUAGGACAAGAAGAUCUGCUCAUCAAGAGAUGGAGUUGAUUAGAAAGAUAAACAAUCCAUUCAUUGUGGAAUAUAGAGACUCUUGGGUUGAAAAGGGGUGCUAUGUGUGCAUUAUCAUAGGCUAUUGCAAAGGAGGAGACAUGGCGGAAGCGAUUAAGAAAACGAACGGUGUAUACUUCUCUGAAGAGAAACUCUGCAAAUGGCUUGUUCAGAUCUUGUUAGCUCUUGAGUACUUGCAUGCCAAUCACAUUCUCCAUCGUGAUGUCAAGUGUUCAAACAUCUUCUUGACAAAGGAUCAAGAUAUACGUCUAGGUGAUUUUGGACUUGCCAAGGUCUUAACGUCAGAGGACCUCGCAUCUUCAGUGGUGGGAACGCCAAGCUACAUGUGCCCUGAGCUACUAGCUGAUAUACCCUAUGGAUCCAAGUCGGACAUUUGGUCGCUUGGUUGUUGUAUGUAUGAGAUGACAGCUAUGAAGCCUGCAUUCAAAGCUUUUGACAUGCAAGGACUAAUAAACAGGAUUAACAGAUCAAUCGUUCCUCCACUUCCAGCUCAAUACUCUGCUGCCUUCCGGUGUAUGGUUAAAAGCAUGCUUCGGAAAAAUCCAGAAGCCAGACCAAGCGCUGCUGAGCUUCUCAGACAACCGUUGCUUCAGCCGUAUAUUCAGAAGACUCAAGAUCCAAAAAACAGUGUGUUGCCAGAAUCUGAAUCCGCCAGGAGAAACAGCUUUCCUGAGCAGCAGAGAAGGCGUCCUCCUCCACGCAAAAGCCAUAGCUUUGGUCCAAGCAGGCUCAGGUGUAAAGAGGAAGAAGAUUCUGUUUCUUCUUCUGUUAAAAAACCUGUGCAAGCAUUACGUACAGAUGAAAGUGGAGAUGGAACCGUUGUUCGUAGAACCUCAGAGGCUUCUAAAAAUUCUAAGUAUGUUCCAUUGAGAUCAAGACAGCCUAGGAGUGAUCUUGGUCAAGAGGUUUGUUUAUACAAUGUUGCACAGCUUCCUGUUUCAUCACAUCACACAAACCGAACAUCAGCAGCGUUGAUUCGCAGAGCCUCCAUGCCUAGCACAAGAAAGCCUGUAAAAGCAAUCAAAGACUCCUCUCUCCACCAGAUAAACUCUCCCAACGUGUCAAUGAACGCACCAAGAAUCGACAAGAUUGAGUUUACAUUAGCAUCAUACGAGGAAGAGCCAUUUGUUCCGAAGAAAGCAUCGUCUCGAGGCUCAUACAGCCCACCACUAGACUGCUCAGUCACAAAAGACAAAUUCACCCUCGAACCAGGCCUAACCAUAGAAGAUGCAUACCAGGAAAACAGGAGCAGCGAGUCAUCAUCUGAUCAGAAUGCAACCGCAGGAGGAGCAUCAAGCAGGGCUUCAUCUGGUGUAAGAAGACAAAGAUUUGAUCCUAGUUCUUACCAGCAACGUGCCGAGGCACUUGAAGGUUUGCUUGAGUUCAGUGCGAGGUUGCUUCAAGAUGAGAGGUACAAUGAGCUGAAUGUCUUGCUGAGACCCUUUGGUCCAGGCAAAGUUUCACCUAGAGAGACAGCGAUUUGGUUGUCCAAGAGCUUCAAGGAGACUACUAAGCUGGAAGAUUAACUGAUCAUUUUUUAAUUCUAACUUGUUGGGACUGUGAAAAGAAUCUUCUACUUGAUAGUUAACUGCUUAGGCUGUGUUAUGUAAUGAGUAGCUAACGUUUCUGUGUCUCUAAUACUUUGAAAUAGGCCUGAGUCUUC